GCUCAACUCGUCACUCUACUCUCUUUGUUCACCAUGCCCGAGCGCUCCGGCCUCAGCUUUGGGCAGUCUAUCGCGCUCACGGCGCUCGUGGCCUCUCUCGCGACGACAAGCGCGCUCCUCACGUACCAGUCCUUGCGGCGAGACUACCGUACUGAGCAGCUCAAGGCGCAAGUUGGGCGCGACGUUGCCGAGUGGGAGGCCAAGCAGGCCGAGAGCGAAGAGAGCGCACCGCAGACACCGUUCGAGAAGCCAGAGUGGAAGUGGCAGGGCGAGUAUGACGAGUCGCUGAUCCGGGAACAGCUCACGCGCAACUACUCGUUCCUGGGGGACGAGUCGAUGAGGGCCAUCCGCGACUCGUACGUCGUCGUCGUCGGCUGUGGCGGCGUCGGGUCGUGGGCCGCGACGAUGUUGCUGCGCUCGGGUGUCGGACGCCUCCUCCUCAUCGACUACGACCUCGCGACGCUCAGCUCGCUGAACCGGCACGCGUGCGCGACCCUCGAGGACGUGGGUACGCCCAAGGUCAUCGCGAUGCAGAAAUACUUUAAACGUAUUGCACCGUGGGCCCAGGUGGACGUUAAGAUCGGGCUGUGGCGCAAGGGCGAGUCGGAGACGUGGCUCGAUGGCGCAGACUACGUCGUCGACGCCAUCGACAACAUCGACACCAAGGUUGACCUGCUCACGCACUGCCGCAAGAACGGGCUCAAGGUGUUCGCGAGCAUGGGUGCGGGCGCCAAGCGCGACCCGACUCGUGUUCAGAUUGCCGACAUCUCAAACACGUACGAGGACCCGCUGGCGCGCAGCGUGCGCCGCCGGCUUCGCCUUAACGGGAUCCACGGCGGCAUCCCGACCGUGUACUCGACCGAAGUGCCGGGCGAGGUCAAGCUCCUCCCGCUGCCGGAGGAGGAGUUCCAGAAGGGCGCCGUGAAAGAGCUCGGCGCCUUCGACGACUUCCGCGUACGCAUCCUCCCCGUCCUCGGGCCCCUCCCCGCCCUUUUCGGCCUGCACGCCGCCACGCACAUCAUCCUCGAGCUUGGCGGCAAACCGCUCGCGCCCGCCGGGGGCGAGAUCAAGAACCGCCGCAAGCUGUACACAACGAUCGAGCGCAACCUGUCCGAGCGGCAAGCGCGGGUCGCGCACGCCCGCGGCGAGAAUGCGCAGGGGUUGCAGCGCACGCUCGAGGUCAAUGCCGACGACAUCGCGCUCGUCUUCGAGGACGUCAACUGCGGGCGCACGACGGUGCCGGACCAGAUCGUGACCCAGCGCCCGCAGGCCGUGCAUUGGGACACGAGGAAGCCGCUCACCGCGGACAACAUGGCCAUUUUGACGGACAAGGAUGCGAAGCGGCACGAGAAGGAGGUCCAGGUCGAGGGCAGGAGCCCGGCCGAGGUGUGGGGUGCUGAUGCGGUGGCGCUUGUCGCACGCCGCAACGACGAGGUGCGCAAGUGUCUCGCGUACCGCCGGGGAUAGAGCAUCUGCUGCAGGGUUUAUGCACACUUCUACUCUUCCG